GCAAUAUGGCGGACGCGUAAUGCUGUCUAGUGCAUCUUCCACGUGUGGAUCAACUUUCCCUGAGUCGCUGGAGGGCUGAGGUUCGAUAGGGAUGACUUCUAUUAUCAAGUUGUCAGUUUUGUCAGGAGCGUAUGAUGAAGGGCCUCUUUGUUACCUUCUUCAAGUCGACGAGUUCAGAUUCCUUCUUGACUGCGGUUGGAACGAGUCAUUCAACGCAGAGAUCGUAGAACCUAUAAAGAAGUACAUACAUCAGAUAGAUGCUGUACUGAUCACAUUUCCUGAUAUAUACCACAUGGGUGCACUGCCAUACUUGGUGGGUAAAUGUGGUCUUCACUGUCCAAUCUAUGCCACAAUUCCUGUGUACAAGAUGGGUCAGAUGUUUAUGUAUGACCUAUAUCAGUCACAUCAAAACUAUGAAGAGUUUGAUGUAUUUAGCCUGGAUGAUGUAGAUGCUGCCUUUGAUAAAAUCAUUCAGCUUAAGUACUCUCAAAAUGUCAGCUUGAAAGGUAAAGGCCAUGGUUUGACCAUAACGCCUUAUGCAGCUGGUCACAUGAUUGGUGGAACCAUGUGGAAAAUUGUGAAGGAUGGUGAGGAGGACAUAAUUUAUGCUGUAGACUACAAUCACAAGAAAGAAAGGCAUUUGAAUGGAGCUGUUUUGGAAACCCUUAGCAGACCAUCAUUGCUUAUUACAGACAGCUACAAUGCACUUAACGUACAAACUAGAAGAAGAGAGAGAGACACCCAGCUAAUGAAUGAGAUCCUCACUACAGCUAGAAGAGAUGGUAAUGUACUCAUUGUUGUGGAUACAGCUGGAAGAGUUUUGGAACUAUCUCAACUAUUGGAUCAGUUAUGGCGGAACUCUGAUUCAGGUUUAUCAGCCUACUCUCUUGCGAUGUUGAAUAAUGUCAGCUACAAUGUUGUUGAGUUUGCCAAGUCACAAGUGGAAUGGAUGAGUGACAAAGUUAUGAAAUCAUUUGAAGUUGGCAGGAUGAACCCUUACCACUUUAGAUACUGCACGUUGUGUCACUAUAUGUCAGACUUGGACAAAAUCCCUGAACCAAGGGUUGUUUUAGCAUCAGUAGCAGAUUUGACAUGUGGCUUCUCACGAGAACUUUUCAUAAAAUGGGCUGAGAACCCCAAAAAUACAGUCGUAUUUACCAGUCGAGCUUCGCCCGGCGCAUUGGCUCGCACUUUGAUUGACAACUUACAGCAGAAGAUCAUCGAUAUAGAGGUGAAAUCAAGAGUCAAAUUGGAAGGAGAAGAAUUAGAGAGAUAUCUGGAGAAAGAAAAGGAAAAAGAGAAGAACAAACCCACAUCUGAUGCGGUGGACAGAAGUCAUCGCGUCACGGCCGAAGAGAGUGAUAGUGACAGUGAUGAGGAUUUGGAUGGAGGUGUGAGGCAUGAUCUCAUGAUGACAGACGAAAAGGGAGGCCGCAAGAGCAGCUUCUUCAAACAAGCUAGAUCAUAUCCUAUGUUCCCUUGCCACGAAGAGAAAAUCAAAUGGGACGAUUAUGGAGAGUUUAUUAAGCCUGAGGAUUUCAUGAUCAAAGAACUGGCAGCAGCAGAAGAAGAAAAGGCCAAAGUGGAGCAGAAUAAAAAGGAAACCUUAGACACGGAAGCUAUUACAGGGCAGGGUGAAAUGUCAAAAGUGCCAACAAAAUGUGUGGUGGAAAGGAAGCAGCUUAACAUCAGAUGUUCAAUGGUAUAUAUCGAUUUCGAAGGAAGGUCAGAUGGAGAAUCCAUCAAGAGAAUUCUCUCCCUUGUUAAUCCAAGGAAUCUUAUUCUCGUGCACGGUGUUGCAGAUGCUACAGAACACUUGGCGGAAUACUGUCGGCAGAACAGCAGUAUUCAGGUGAACCAGGUUUUUACUCCGCGAUGUGGUGAUACUGUGGAUUCCACGGGAGAAAGAUACAUUUACCAAGUGAAAUUGCGAGACGCCCUGGUGAGUUCGUUGCAAUUUUCCUGCGCGCGUGACGCAGAACUCGCUUGGGUGGACGGACAGCUACACAUGAACGCGUCCGAGUCGCACAUGGGACUGGUUUUGGAAGACGGAGAGUUGCGAGACGAGGAUGAAGGUCACGAGAAAAUGGAAACUGAUCAGAGCGGAAAGGAGGAACCAGCAGAUACAGUCCCAGUCUUGGAGCAACUACCGACUUCUUCGAUUACGGGACACACCUCUGUGUAUAUAAACGAGCCUCGCCUGUCAGAUUUCAAGCAAGUGUUGAACAAAGCCGGUAUUCAAGCGGAAUUUGCUGGAGGCGUUCUUAUCUGCAACAAUGUUGUAGCUGUAAGAAGGAACGAGACUGGCCGCGUGGGCUUGGAAGGAGCCGUGUGUGACGACUAUUACAAGAUCCGGGAGCUUCUGUAUGAACAGUACGCUGUGGUGUAAACGGUGUUAGUAUUGCAUGGUCUGGUGAUAAAAGACAAACAUUGGUCUCGAAAGGUUCGCAAGAUUUUGUAAAGUAGACCUUUUUACAGUUCCCGGCGCCAUCUUGGCUAAGUAACCGCGCGCACACAAUAACGAGGCUGGAGUUGACCUGGCGGUUUUUUCAAACGGCUGAGCUGCUGACAUUUCGCGUUCGAAUGCACUUUUUAAUGCGAGUUCUCCCUUCAAAAUGGUUUUUAAAUACAACGAUAUGGAAAUUUCGGUAUUAGAUGACAUCUAGAAACUCAAAACAAAAGAUCUUAAGGAGAUUUUAAAGUUUAAUUUAGAAUCGAUGGGCGGAAUGAGAGCUGACAAUUCAGCUUUCAAUCAGCCUCAGAUAAUAG